AUGGAUCCAUCAGAAGAAUGUCACAGCAGUGAAUCAGGAUGGACUAUGUAUAUUGGGUCCCCCAUACAUGAUGAUGAUGAUGAUCAUGGUGAUGGAGACAACAGUUAUAUUAGCAGGUACAGUAAUAACAAUGAAGGUUAUCAUCAACAAGAUAAUGAAAGUGAUGAUGAUGAUGAUGAUGAUGAUGAUUCUAUGGCUUCUGAUGCUUCCUCUGGGCCAAGCCACCUUCAUGGGGUUGAUAGUAAUAAUAAUGGCAAAGAUUUCCAGCAUCAAGAAGAUGAAGAAGAAUAUGAUGAUGAUGAUGGUGAGUACUUGUUUUGCAAUGCUCAAAUUUCAUAA